AUGGGUCCGGGGGCGGCUGUUCAGGAGGGAGAUAGGUCCCGGGAUGCUGAUCAGGUGUGGAAGGGAGAACUUGGACGCGGCCGAGCGGUGUUUGGGCGGGCGAUGGGGGUACGUAGAGGGGCUUCGGCCUCAAACGGACAGGAGGAUGCCAACAGGGGUCGGGGUCCCUGCGGAAGGGGCGGCCCCAGCCCCCCCAGUCCCCGCUCCGCGUGGCCUCUAGCCUUCCCCUUCCCUCCCCCACGGCGACCUCAGGACUCCCGAUGGGCUCUGGAACCCCGGCCCGGCCCGCCCCCGCCCAGGCCCGCCUCCCCUGACGCGCGCCCCUGGACCGCGAUCCCGGGCCAGCUCCCGCCGACGCGGCGCCGAGACCCUCCCGGGUGGGCGUCCCGAUGGACGCUCUGGCGGGCGGAGGGACGGAUGGGCCGCGGCGGACUCACCGAGCGCGGGCUUCGCUCGGGCCUGGGCCGCUCGGUCAUGGCGACCCCUGGGCUGGCGAGCGCGCCCAACGCCGCGGGCGGACCCCAUCCCGGCACCCUGCGCGCCGCGGGCGGCCGCCAUUGGUCCGCUGGAUCACGCCGGGCGUCGGUGACAAGUCACCGCUGCGGGACUCCCGGGCAGGGGCGGGGCUGUGACGCACGAGGCGGCCGAGGCCAAUCAGAAGCCGCCUGGGAUGAGCGCCCCGCCCCCGCCGUGCCCUCCAGUAACCUCGGGCCGCGGUUCCAGUCGCCUUGGCAACGGGUCGCGCAGCGUCAGGGGCGCUGCUGCGGAAAGUGCAGAAGGUGGCGGCUGCGGGGAUGCGCAUGUACGAUGCGGCCGCGGGGCAAAACGACGGCGUUCCAGACACGCAACCGUUUUAUACAGUGUCCAAGAGUACCCCCAGGUCCUGGAUUGAGGGGUGAGCUCUCAGAUGAAAGCCCCCCAUCACUGUUGGAAGCAGCCCACAUGGGGGCUGCCGUUGCUGGCUGCUGGCGGUUGCCAGGGAAGAGCCCCUGCUUUGACUGUCCAGGGGAUGUGGUGGUCAGGGCCAGCUUCUCCAUCUUCCACCUGUACAACAUCACCCUGCUUGAUUUCACUGCUCCACCAGCUGGCUUGGAGUCUUCAAAAGCAGUGCCAGGCACAGCCUGGGCUUCUCCUUCCCUCAGCGUUUCCACCUGGGGCUACUGGGCAGCCCAAGGAUUCACAUUUGCCAUGGAGGAGAUCAACAGGGACGCCCACCCUCCGAGCCUCAGGCUGGGCUUCUCCAUCCGGAACUCUGGGAACCAAUUCUGGACGCAGGGGUACUUCGUGCACGCAGAGCUCCAUGAGACCAUGAGCUUUCUCACCGGGCAGGAAGAGCCCAUCCCCAGCUACACGUGCGGGCCCAGCGCUCCCAGAGCUGAUGGAGAAGCAUGCUUGGCGUUGUCUAUGCCAAUGGCCAGGUUCCUGGGACUCUACAGGUUUCUACGGGUCAGCCCCUCCUCCACACUGGUCAGCCUCAGCGACAAGACCCAGUUCCCAUCCUUCCUUCAGACCCUGCUCAGUCACCUCACGACCACCCAUGCAGUGGUGCAGCUGAUGCUUCGCUUCCGAUGGUCUUGGCUGAGCGUCCUGGCGCAGGGGGACGACUUUGAGCUGCAGGGCAGGUCUCUGGUCGUCCAGGAGAUGGGCCAGGCUGGGGUCUGCAUUGAGUUCCAACUCCACAUCCCCACCCGGGAGUCCCCGAAGAUGAAAAACAUCAUCCGGCUGAUGGAGAGCUGUACGGCCACCAUCAUCCUGGUCUUCCUUAACAGCUAGCACUUCCGACUCAUCCUGCAGUGCCUGGCAGGCCGAGGCAUCCUGGGCCAGGUCUGUGUCAGCUGGGACACUCUGCACAUGGCGCUGGCCCUGACUGCCAGUGCCUUCUGGGUUCUGCAGGGCUCAUUCAGCCUCCUGCUUUGCAACAGCCAGCCCCCCCGACUUCUGCGCCCUGCCAGGACCCCAGAAGACAUGUUCGUAUGGAGAUUCUGGGAGGUCACCUUCAAGUGCACAUAGCCCCAUAGGAGCUGGGCGCCAGCAGGGAAAAGCACAGCGGCUGCGGGAGUCCAGUUCUGCUCAGGAAAUGAGAGUCUGAGGGUUGAGCACUACCCUUUCCAGAAGGAAAGUAAAGUACACAUCGCCUACACAGUGGUCUACGCCAUCGCCCAGGCCCUGCAGGCCCUGGCAGGCUGCAAGCAUGGGGACCAGGGGUGUGCUGAUGCCUGGGACUUCCAGCCCUGGCUGCUGCUUCGUCCUCUCAAGAACGUGCAUUUCAAGACCCCUGAUGGGACAGAGAUCAUGUUUGAUGCCAACGGAGAUUUAAUUACAGAAUUUGAUGUUUUCCAUGGACAGAAGACCGCUGAGGGCUGAUUCCACUUUGUCCACAUAGGCAUAGUCAACCCGUGAGCCCCUCUGGGAGACAGAAUGACAGUGCAUGUGACGAAGGAGGACCGGAUGGGGGAUUUGAGAAGCCUGCUGAUCAGCGUCUGCAAUGAGCAGUGUCUCAUUGUGUCUUUUGGGGACAUGCAGAAACGUGCUGUAUUGACUCAAGGUUUAAUGGAGUUAGGGCUGUGCAGGAUGUGCCUUGGUAAACAUGUGUUUGCAGGCAAUAUGCCUGGUACGAAGAGAUGUCUUCUGUGCCCAGAGGAGCAGUACUCGAGUUGCACCAGAGAUGGCUGCCUGCCCAGGACAGAGACCUUCCUGGCCUUUGACGACCCCCUGGGACUCACGCUCGCCUUGGUGGCGCUCACGCUGGCCAGCCUGGCAGUGCUGGUCCUCAGACUGUUCCUGAAGCACUGAGACACACCUGUGGUCAGGGCCAACAACAGAGCUCUCAGCUACACGCUGCUCACCUCCCUGACCCUCUGUGCCCUCUGUCCCUUGCCUUUCCUUGGUUGUCCCACAGCUGCCACCUGCCUCCUCUGCCAGACCACAAUUGCUGUUGUGUUCACCAUGGCUGUCUCUUCCGUCCUGGCCGAGACCCUCACUGUGGUCCUGGCCUUCAGGGUCACCAGGCCAGGUGACAGGGACUGGGUGUGCCUGAGACCUGGCGCUUCCACCUCGGUGGUCCUUGCUGCUUCCUUGGUGCAGGUUGUUCUCUGUGGCAUCUGGCUGGGCACUUCCCCACCAUUCCCAGACGGGGACAUGGCCUCAGAGCCCAGCCACGUUGUCAUCCAGUGCUGAGAGGGCUCUGCUGUCGUUUUCUCCUGUGUGCUGGGCUACCUGGGCCUCCUGGCUGCGGGCACCUUUGUGGCCUUCCUGGCCAGGGGUCUGCCAGACGCCUUCAACGAGUCCAAGUUUAUCACCUUCAGCAUGCUGCUGUUCUGCAGCUCCCGGACAACCUUCCUGCCCCUGUACCACAGUGCACAGGGCAAGUCCACUGUGGCCGUGGAGAUCUUUUCCAUCCUGGUUUCCAUGGCAGGGCUGCUGGGUGGUAUCUGCCCCAAGUGUUACGUCAUCCUGCUAAAGCCCGAGCGGAAUGCCCCAGACUGGGUGAGGCGAGGACGCCGGCAUCGGUGGGAAACGUGGAGCCAGGAGCUCCUCAAGAUGCGAGCGCCGUGGGAGGGAGGGAGGGCGGGUGCACAGCCGGAGGCCCCCCGGGGCUGGAGGAGGCGCUUGCCGCCUGACGGUUCCCCCAACAUCCCCGGGGCCGCGACGGAAGUGGCUGAGGCCAACCGAGGGCCCAAAGCGCCGGGCAAGCGCUGCGCCCGUGGCUUCCGCUGGGCGGGACCCGCUGGGCUGGUGUUCGGGGGUGGCGGCCUGGAGCCCACACAUCCGGGCGGCGCCAUACGCAAGCACGGGUUACGUCAUCGGCUGGGCGCCGAGCCCAAGCGGCGCGUUACCCAGGCGGGACCGAACGAGGUGAGGCAGCCCAGGCCACAGGGUGCGCCACCAUCGUCUGGCAUUUUGAUGCCAAAGGACGGGCAGCCAGACGAGCAUCAGCGUCAGGGCGGAGAGGCGCCUGUGCCCCGGAGCCAGGAUGCAGCGCCUGGGGAGAGUCAUUGCCUCCCGCUGGCAUCCCAAGCCCGCCCGCUUCUCCGGCCUAGAAUGCGGGGUGAGUCUCCAAUCCGUUUGGCCGUGGCACCUUUUCCACCACUGGGCCGCCGCUACUUGGGCUGGGUGAAAGGUGCCGAGAGGAGCAUGGGUGUGGAAGUCCUGUCAGCUAAGAAAUAA